AUGGCGACGAAUUUUUCUCGCCUGCCUCCACUUCCACCACUGCGUGAGUUCAUCCACAUGUAUCGCCUACGAGCCAAGAGGGUGUUGUCUCAGAAUUAUCUUAUGGACAUGAAUCUUACGAGGAAAGUGGGACCAGGACCAGGUGGCAUAACUCGUGCUAUACUGGAGGCCGAAUGUGAACGGCUAGAUGUUGUGGAAAUCGAUCACCGCUUCAUACCUCCACUUGAGUUACUUGCCGAAGCUUCAGAUGGUCGUCUUCGCAUUCAUCAUGCUGAUGUGUUGAAGACUAACAUUGGUGAUCUGUGGAAUGAUGGUGGCGACCAAAAACGUUCUGAAUGGACUGAUGCCCCUCCUAAUAUGCAUGUUAUUGGUAAUCUUCCAUUCAACAUCGCGUCACCAUUGAUAAUCAGGCUUUUGAAAGAUAUGUCGUAUCGAAGAGAUGCAUGGCGAUUUGGACGCGUUCCACUGACGUUGACGUUCCAAAUGGAAGUCGCACAGAGAAUUUGUAGUCCUAUCGACAGCGAUUCUCGAGCGAGAAUCUCGAUCAUGUGUCAGUACUUGACCGAGCCAAAGCUUUUGUUCAGAAUUCCUGGAUCAUGCUUUGUUCCACAACCAGAUAUCGACGUUGGUGUUGUACGUUUUGUGCCGCGAAUACAGCCUUUGAUAAGUUCUCCAUUCGAGCUGGUCGAAAAAUUGUGCAGACAGAUCUUUCAUUAUCGCCAGAAAUACAUGAUCAAAGGCCUGAAAACACUAUAUCCUAAAGAGAUAGCGGACGAUAUGGCUCACCAGCUGCUAAAAGACUGUCGUGUUAAUCCAACUGCUUCAUCCAUUCAACUCGGCAUCGAGGAGUUUGCAGAUUUGGCCGCCGGUUAUGAGAAACAGUGUAGAAGUAUGCCUGGAUUGUUCUUGUACGACUACAUCAAACCAAAGAACACAAUCGAAAUGCUCGCCCAGAAACCAGGCGCUGUUCCACCGGAGAACCCAUAUCGAUUUGAAAAAGUUCCUUUAGAAGGAAUACGAUUGUCGGAUGCUGACAGAUUUCUCAGUUAA